CCAGAUUAGGCGUGGCUCAAUACAGGAAUUAAAGUCUGCGGACUUCCUUUUUUUAAGUAAACUCUUGAAAGCACUGCUGCUGUAAAUGUAAGGUUAAAGUCUGUAGCGCUGAAAAUGGAUGACGGUACCGUGAUAAAGAAAAGCCUGUUUAUCCUCACAGUUUAUAUUCAUCUAACAUCAGCAGGCUCCCACUCUCUGCAGUACUUCUAUACCACAGUUACCCCAGGAAUACAUUUCCCAGAGUUCACUAUUGUUGGUCUGGUGGACGGAGAGCAGAUUGAUUAUUAUGACAGUAACAUCAGGAAGAUGAUCUCAAGGAAUGAGUGGAUAAAGAAGGUUCAUGCUGAUGACACAGAGUAUUGGCACCGAGAGACACAGACCGCGCAGGAUCAUCAGGAGGCUUUUAAAGAAAAUCUGGUUAUAUCAAUGCAGCGCUUCAACCACACUGAAGGAGUUCACACUUUCCAGUGGAUGUACGGCUGUGAGCUGCAUGAUGAUGGAACUAUGAGAGGAUAUUUCCAGUUGGGUUAUGAUGGAGAAGACUUUCUCAGUCUGGAUCUGAACACUCUCACUUAUACUGCAGCUAACGCUAAAGCUGUUAUUACCAAACACAAGUGGGAGCAGACACCUGCAGCCAGGUUCCAUAAGGCCUACCUAGAGAAUGAAUGCACUGAGUGGUUACUGAAGUAUGUGAAUUACGGCAGAUCCACUCUGGAGAGGAAAGUCUCUCCUGAGGUGUCUCUGUUCCAGAAGGACUCUUCUUCUCCAGUGGUGUGUCAUGCUACAGGUUUCUUCCCCAAAGCAGUGAUGAUCUCCUGGCAGAAGAAUGGAGAGGAUCUGCAUGAGGACGUGGAGCUCAGAGAGACGCUACCCAACCAGGAUGGAACCUUCCAGAAGAGGAGUGUUCUGACUGUCUCACCUGAGGAGCUGAACAGGAAUCAGUACACCUGCACCAUAAAGCACGGCAGUCUGAAGAAGGAGAUGCAGCUACAGAGGACUGAGUGCAGAGUCCUGUCAGGUGGAGGGUCAGUUGGUAUCAUCAUUGGUGUGGUUGUGGCUGUUCUCCUGCUUGUCCUCAUUGGAGGAGUUUUCAUUGGCAUUGUCUGUAUCUGAUUACACAUGAGGCUCCAUGUCAACCAGCCCCUUAUCUGAAUGAUGAUCAGCUGCAAGAUACACUACAGAUCAAGUACCACUGGAUGAUCAAUUUCAUACUGUUUCUUUGGAACUGUGCACAAAGGUAGGUGGAUGCCCCUCCUUAUGCCUGAGUUCAGGUGUUUCAGCCACACACGUUGCUAAGAGAUGGACACAAUUAAAGACACAACCAUGAAAUCUCCAUAGACAAACACCGGCAGUAGAAUGAGUAAACUGGACAGCUCAGUGACUUUAAAUGUGGCAAGAAUGCCACUUUUGUCAUGUCAGUUUGUGCAAUUUCUGCUCUGACGGAUCUGCACUGGUCAACUGUAAGUGCUAUGAUUGUGAAAAGGAAGCAUCCGAGACUAACAACAGCUCAGCCAGAAGCUGCACAAAAGCCUAAGAUCACUCUGCGCAUUACCAGGUGUCAGCUGGAGUGUAACGCCUGUCAACACUGGACACAGGAGUAGUGGAAGUGUGUGUGUUCUCUGGACUGAUGUUUGCUCCUCCAACUGGCAAAUACAUGGAACAUUUUUGUUGAAAGAUAAGAAUGUAUUUUAUUAAUAUGAACAAUCACUGUUUAAAAAGACUAUAAAUUGGGUAAACGUUUUAUCCCUCUGCACCAUUGUUGUCACUUGAGAAUUCUUGGAAAAGCUUGGAAAAUGGCCACUUUACUUCUGAUUGAUAUCUCAGCUAGUAAGUAUAUAAAUAAACCAAUGACUGAAUUUAAUAUGUUGAUAUUAAUGAGUGAAGAACAAAUAUAGGUAUUGUGUGUGUGUGUGU